ACUGUCCUCGCGUAUCUCGUCGCUACACUGCAGGAGCUAUCCACGCCUUGCAUCACUCCAGAACGCACCUGGGCACACGCACGGUCCACUCCCGUAUUUAACCGUCUCUAACUGUCUCAAACAUAAUAUUACCACUUCGAUCGGAAAACAGGUGGUGGUAAAAAGAUGAAAAGCGGCAUGUUGCUGGUGGCUCUGUUCCUCGCCAUGAAACUCCACUCAAGCCAGUCCAGCUGCGAGGAACCUGCGGCUGGGGUUGGGGCACACAGAUCAACCGAGUCAGAGGAGAGCCCAGGUUUGGGAAACCUCCAGCGAACCAUUCUGAAGAGAUAUAACGACCUGGAUUAUGACAGCUUCGUCGGGCUGAUGGGGAGAAGGAGUGCUUAUAUAAAUGGUCUACCACCAUCUCCCCAUAAAAGGGAGAUGGAUGAUGUCUUUGUUGGGCUUAUGGGGAGAAGAAACUCAGAACUUGGUAACAUGCGUCCUUUGAGGAAGGAGGCGUACCCGGAGACAAGAAAAGGCGGUCUAUUCCUUAACAAGUGCAGACUGAGGUUUCGACGUGGGUUAUAGACAAGACAUUCAUCUGGACCCAUCUCUACCAUCCAGCCAAGGCAACACCCCUUUUCAGAAGAUUGGAGAUAUUAUUAUUAUUAUUAUACAAUACAGAAGAGCAACUAUUUAUUUUUCAAAGAGUAUUGCAAAAACGUCUAUGGAAUUUAAACUGACCAAACCAACAUAUUACUGUACCGUGCCAGAUGGGUUGUCAUAGUAACUAAUAACUAUACCGUUUGUAUAUAACAUGUAUUGUCUAAAAAAAAAUCAACAGUCACAUCUGAUAAGAUCUAUUUCCUUAACACAGUGGGUUCUUUUUCUCCAAAAGUUCAAGAUAAAACAAAAUGUUUGUAAAUUAAACAAUUAAUUUAA